GAAAGGUGGAGCUAGUUCCCCAGGUGGGAAGUCCGCAGCUAGUCGGCGGUCACCAACUGAUGGUGCCGCAGGAGUUGGUGGAAACAAGAGCCCGCCUCCCUAUCAGAUUCAUACGUGCAUGAACGCCUACGGUUUGUACCUACACAAUCGCGAAUUGCUAGGGCCUCGCGUGGACUCCCUCAAGAGUCGUGCGGUUGCAAAAACCACGCC